AUGGCAUCGAUCGCAUCGGCGCUGGCGCAGUCCCUUCCGAAGCCAAAGUACACAGGCGAGGAUGAGGAUGUGCCGACUCGAGCUCAGCCGCGAGGCCCGAGAAUCGUUGGCGCAGGGCAGUUGGACGAGUCACAGAUUGUGUUGAGGCGAGCUGGCCCUCCACCCUACGGCCAGCGCUCGGGAUGGCGGCCCCGAUCGCAGGAGGACUUUGGCGAUGGCGGUGCAUUCCCCGAGAUUGCUGUCGCUCAGUACCCUCUGGACAUGGGCAAGAAGGGGUCAUCUACAAGCAACGCGCUUGCCAUUCAAGUUGAUGGAGAGGGCAAGGUUAAAUACGAUGCAAUCGCCAGACAAGGCCACGCCGCAAACAGGAUUGUCCAGGCCAAAUUCUCCGACCUCAUACCUCUACGGCAACGAGCAGAAGCGGGUGAAAUCAACCUCGAAAGGCCCAGCCAGGAGGAGGUUGAAGCCACGACCGAGAAAACAAAAAAUGCCUUGGCGGCAUUGGUAAGCGGAGCUGUCGCUGCGCAGAAGCCCAAAAACCUCAAUAUCGGACAGCGCAACGAUCCGACCUUUGUGCGAUAUACUCCGGCAAACCAGAUGGGCAAUAACACGAAGGGCAGGGACAGGGUGAUGAAGAUUGUAGAGCGUCAGAAGGAUCCUCUUGAGCCACCAAAAUUCAAGCACAAGAAGGUUCCCCGUGGCCCGCCGUCUCCGCCUCCCCCAGUCAUGCAUUCGCCGCCCCGAAAGCUGACGGCUCAAGAUCAAGAAGACUGGAAGAUUCCGCCCCCAGUGUCCAACUGGAAGAACCCCAAGGGCUUUACUAUCGCUCUAGACAAGCGUCUGGCCGCUGAUGGACGAGGCAUGCAAGAUGUCACAAUCAACGACAAAUUCGCACAGUUCUCGGAAGCGCUUUUCAUGGCGGAUAGGCAUGCUCGUGAGGAAGUGAAGCAGAGGGCGCUGAUGCAGCAACGGCUAGCAGAAAAGGAGAAGGCUCAAAAAGAAGAGACUCUACGGUCGUUGGCACAGAAGGCGAGGGAAGAGCGAGCCGGUGGCGGGCGCAGAGACUCGAGAUCGCGGUCAGGUAGCUACAGUGGCUCCGAUUCUGCAUCUGACUCUGAGGACUCCGAGAUCCGGGCGCGUGAGGAGGCUCGUAAGGAGAAGAGGAGAGAUGAAGAGAGAAAGCUACGGCAGUCAAGGAUGGGUGCUGAGAGAAGAAUUCAAGUCAUGGCACGAGAACAGAAUCGAGACAUAUCCGAGAAGAUUGCUCUGGGCCUGGCGAAACCCACUCAGACUCAGGAGAGCAUGUACGACUCGCGGCUGUUCAAUCAGACGAGCGGCUUUGACAGCGGGAUCAACGAGGACAACCCGUAUGAUAAGCCGCUAUUUGCUGCUCAAGAUGCCAUAAGCAGCAUCUACCGACCUCGGGCGAACGUUGACGAUGACGAUGAAGAGGCGGGUGACAGAGAAAUGGACAAGAUCCAAAAGUCAAGUCGGUUCGGCGAGGUCCUGGGCAAGGGCAAAUUCAAGGGAGCCGAAGAUGCGGAAGCCCGUGAGGGACCUGUGCAAUUCGAGAAGGAUGCGGGCGACCCUUUCAACGUUGAGAAGUUCCUGACCGAGGUGGAACAGUCUUCUUCCAAGAGGUCAUAUGGACUUCAAGACGAGGAGAGCAGGCAAUCGAAGCGGCCGAGGGUUGACGACGAUGAGGAUUAG